CAUGCAUUAGCUGCUAUAUUUAUAUAAAUUAUAGUAAAAAGAAAAAAAGAACAAUCUUUUCUGCUUCUUCCAAUGGUUCAGGGUACUCCAGUAAACAUUAUAGUCGGGUCCCACGUCUGGACCGAGGAUCCCGAACUCGCCUGGAUCGAUGGAGAAGUGCUGCAAAUCAAAGGAACAAAUGCAACUAUAGUCACUACAACUGGGAAAACCAUAGUUGCAGCGAUUAAAAGCAUAUACCCAAAAGACACAGAAGCACCCCCUUGUGGGGUUGAUGAUAUGACCAAGCUAGCUUAUCUCCACGAACCGGGAGUACUAUACAACCUUGCUUCUCGGUUUGCUCUCAAUGAGAUAUACACUUACACGGGGAAUAUUCUGAUAGCGGUGAAUCCUUUCUGUAGACUGCCGCAUUUGUACGAUAUCCACAUGAUGCAGCAAUAUAAAGGAGCUGCUUUCGGAGAGCUGAGUCCGCAUCUUUUUGCAGUUGCAGAUACUUGUUACAGGUCGAUAAUUAAUGAACACGGAAGCCAGUCUAUUUUGGUGAGUGGAGAGAGUGGAGCUGGAAAAACCGAGACCACAAAAAUGCUAAUGAGAUAUCUUGCAUUCAUGGGCGGGAGAUCCGGUACAGAAGGGAGAACAGUCGAACAACAGGUUCUCGAGUCCAAUCCAGUCCUAGAAGCAUUUGGGAAUGCAAAGACCGUUAAAAAUAACAACUCCAGUCGUUUUGGCAAAUUUGUAGAGAUUCAAUUCGAUAAGCACGGUAAGAUAUCAGGAGCUGCGGUACGAACUUAUCUCCUGGAAAGAUCGCGUGUUUGCCAAGUCUCCGAUCCAGAGAGGAAUUACCAUUGCUUCUACAUGCUUUGCGCAGCUCCACCAGAGGAAGCAGAGAAGUUCAAACUCGGAGAUCCGAGAUCGUUUCACUAUCUAAAUCAAAGUAGCUGUUAUCAAGUGUCGAAUGUAGACGAUGCCAGAGAGUACCUGGAAACGAGAAACGCCAUGGAUAUAGUUGGAAUCAGCCAGGAUGAACAGGACGCUAUAUUCCGUGUUGUGGCUGCGAUACUCCAUUUAGGGAAUGUUGAGUUCGUCAAGGGGAGUGAAACGGAUUCUUCCAAGCUAAAAAAUGACAAGGCUCGCCAUCACCUUCAGACAGCAGCAGAGCUGCUUAUGUGUAGCGAGAAGGCGCUGGAAGAUUCUCUUUGCAAACGUGUUAUUGUCACUCCAGACGGAAGCAUCACAAAACCACUCGAUCCAUCUGCAGCUGUCACAAGCAGAGAUGCUUUGGCAAAGACAAUGUAUUCCAGAUUAUUUGAUUGGAUUGUGGACAAGAUAAACAAUUCUAUUGGUCAAGAUCCCAAUGCUAAAAGCAUAAUCGGGGUCCUGGAUAUUUAUGGGUUCGAGAGCUUCAAAAUUAACAGUUUUGAACAGCUAUGCAUUAACCUAACGAACGAAAAGCUGCAACAGCAUUUCAAUCAGCAUGUAUUCAAGAUGGAACAAGAAGAGUACACAAAAGAGGAAAUAAACUGGAGUUAUGUUGAAUUCGUAGACAACCAAGAUGUCUUAGAUCUUAUUGAAAAGAAACAAGGAGGAAUAAUUGCUCUUCUUGAUGAAGCCUGCAUGUUUCCGAAAGCAACUCACGAAACAUUUGCGCAGAAGAUGUACCAGACUUAUAAAGGACACAAACGCUUUAGCAAGCCAAAACUUGCUCGAACUGAUUUUACAAUAAAUCAUUAUGCUGGUGAUGUUACUUAUCAAGCUGACUAUUUCCUGGACAAGAAUAAGGACUAUGUUAUUGCAGAACAUCAAGCUCUUUUGACUGAUUCGAAGUGCUCGUUUGUUGCAAAUCUCUUCCCUCAAUUGCCCGACGAAACGUCAAAGCAGUCCAAGUUUUCUUCCAUCGGUGCGCGCUUCAAGCAACAACUACAAUCGUUGAUGGAAACCCUGAGCACAACAGAGCCACAUUAUAUUAGAUGUGUAAAGCCCAAUGCAGUUCUGAAGCCUGGAAUAUUCGAGAACUACAAUGUCUUAAACCAGUUACGAUGUGGAGGUGUAUUAGAGGCCAUAAGAAUAAGUUGUGCUGGAUAUCCAACGAAAAGAACAUUUGACGAGUUCAUAGACCGGUUCGGAAUGCUAGCACCAGAUGUUGUGGAUGGGUUUGAUGAAAAAUCGGCAUGCAUUGAAAUAUGCGACAAAAUGGGCUUACGUGGCUAUCAGAUUGGAAAAAGCAAGGUGUUUCUUAGAGCAGGGCAGAUGGCUGAAUUAGACGCUAGAAGAGCUGAAGUUCUGGCUCAUGCAGCAAAACGUAUUCAGAGGCAGAUCCGAACACACCUUACCAGAAGGGAGUUUAUUAUCCUACGAAGGGCUUCCAUUAAUAUCCAGAAACUCUGGAGAGCAAGACUUGCACGUAUGCUUUAUGAAAUCAUGAAGAGAGAAGCUGCUUCAAUCCGAAUACAGAAACAUGCACGUGCUCACGCAUCGAGAAGAUCUUAUACCAAAUUACAGGGAGCAGCAAUAGUUAUUCAAACUGGUUUGCGAGCAAUGGCAGCACGAAAUGAGUUCAGACGUAGAAGACAAAACAAAGCAGCAACCAUCAUUCAGACACGAUGUAGAAGUUUCCAUGCACUUUCUGCAUUUAAUCGGCUGAAGAAGUCCACUCUUUCACUCCAAUGCCUAUGGCGAGGGAGGUUAGCAAGGAAGGAGCUCCGAAAACUGAGGAUGGCAGCAAGGGACACAGGAGCACUCAAGGAAGCAAAGGACAAGCUGGAAAAGCGUGUCGAGGAGUUAACAUGGAGAUUAGACAUUGAGAAGCACUUACGAGUAUUAAUAGCAAUCGAACAAGCCCCGCCAGUUAUCAAAGAGGUGCCUGUUGUUGAUAACAUAAAGGUGGAGCAAUUGACACUUCAAAACCACGAACUUGAGGAAAUCAUUAAUGAACUAAAGAAGCGGGUAGAGGAAUUUGAGCAGAGUUACUCCGAGGUGGAAAAAGAAAGACAUGAGAGGCUUAAAGAAGCAGAAGAAUCACAGAUCAGAGCUUCACAAUUACAGGAAACCAUUGAAAGACUAGAAGUGAACCUAUCAACUCUUGAAUCGGAGAAUCAGGUUCUACGCCAGCAGGCUUUGGCUGCAUCAGCUAAAGAGGACUUCACUGAGGAAAUGGAAGUAUUGAGAGUAAAGAUAAGAGAUUUGGAGUCUGAGAAUAGGGUUCUCCACAGUAGAGAAGUGGUUGUGGAGCAAAUAUCAACUUCUCAUAACCAAGUUGUAAAGGAUUUGGACAAUGGAUAUCAGACUCAUAUUAAUGGCUUUCAAACGACAGACCAGGAUCCAAUAAGAAAUGUAGAACAGCACGUAACUAACGAUCCUGAGGCUACUCCCAUUCGCCUCACUAAACAGAGAUCCUUGACAGAGAAGCAGCAGGUAUAUCAUUUGAAAACCAUCUCUUAUUAACGGUAAUAAAAAAAAAA